AUGUUUUUAAGUGUGAUUUUGCGUAGUAAAAGGAUAAGGCCUUCAACUUUGAGGGUUCGUUUACCUAAAGUCGGUCUUUCUGAUGAUUCCAAGCACAUUAAGCAAUCUCUCCACAAUAUUUACAAACAACUUAUUCCCAGCAACACAACUCCUCAAAAUGCUAAAAUCCCUAAUAAUGUUGAAAAUUCUCAAAAUAGUAAAAUAAUAUCAAAAUCUGGUCCCACUUCUGAUAACUCUGAGGCAAACAACACUCUAGAAAAUGCUACUACAACUCAUUUAACUAACACUACCGGUACCAGUAUAAAGCUGAACAAUGAUGUGGGUAUGAAUAUCAUAAUUGAUAGGAGGAAUAAGUAUCAUAAGAGGCUAUGGCAGAGUAUGAAACGACGUGAUUUACUAUAUUUUGAGCGUCUGGUUAAGGAAUUCCGCAAUUCCGGUAUUGAAUUUACCUCAACUUCCUACACCUUAAUUUUCAAUGGAUUUUUAAUUUUUUACAAAAAGCAAUCAUUAGAAAGGCUGAGAGAGUUAAUUGAGGAAAUGAAAGAGAACGGCGUGCAUCCUGCUUUAAUUCGAUUUUUAUCAAGAUUAAUGUGUGUUUACUUGGAAAUGGCCCACCUUAACUCUAUGCCACUCACUCAUAACUGGCUUUCCAUUACUCGUUCUUCCUGGCUCAUUUCCUAUCUCAUACACGUUAAAUCUUAAUAUUAUCCACUGACCCUCAAGUUGAAUCAAAUUAUAUAAGAUCAAGGAAAAGUAAGUUUUCAUGUUGGAAGGUGGAGUAGAGGUGUCUUCUUAUGAUUCUUCUCGUGAAGCCCAGGUCAACUGUUGAGUAUUCUCUAACCGAGUGGACGAGUGACACGCAAAGUUGUUUCGCAGUAUUGAAGUCAUUGGGCAGUGAAAUUCUUUCAAGUAAGUUACGUGACUCGCCUGGUAAUCUGCAGAACAACCUCGUUAAAAUCCUCGUCACGUAUGAUAUCACAUGCUCAUUUUCAC